UUACUAGGCUGGGUGAUGGAUCAGGUGUAGACGGGUAGGGACAUAUCUCGAGUAGCUCAACAAUAAAUUCUGCUUUCUUAUUUCCUUCAGAUGAGAAAUAAUGUCGUUGUUAAAUCGAGGUGCUGAUUUGAGCGUCCGUGAUAUUGGUUGCACCUGUGGCCAUCAUAGCCCAGUGUACCGGCGUCCCAGGGUACGCGCGUGGAUCAGAAGAAAAAAAUAUCAAGAGAACCAGGAUUCACGAGCUGACAAAGAUAUCAAGUUUUCCAAUUUAAAGAAGGGGGACGGGAGGAAGAUCGAAGAUCUGAAAGGUAACCUAUCAUCCCAUCCCAAACCGAGACAACAUCCAAACCGAAACGAAAUUCGAACCAAGACAAAAUCCAACCGAGACCAAGACCAAAACCAACCAAGACGAAAUGUCGGCAGACCUCAAGGAACGCGAACCUCAACAACCUCAACACUCACCUUCCUGUGUCAGGAACCGAACCAACCGUCGCCGACACGCCAAAAUAACCCCACGAAUGACCUAUCUACACGUCCCGAACACACUCCAUGGACCGACACCCCAACAACACACUAAAGAGGUGAAGCUUCCCCCGAGAGGCACUCCGCCGCCUACAACUUUCGCCUUCCUCCUGCGCAGAUAGACUAUGGCGCGGCAGCCACAAGCACCACCAUCACCGUCACCAACCUGCGAACCUUCGAACAUAAGUAUUAUUAUACCCGUAUACACUUAUCAACGAGCGCCAUAUGAGUGGACACCGGUCCACUACCCGGACGAUGCGAGAUCCUUCACCUUGUUCCUGUCGAGGGCGGCGCGGCUUUUGUUUGCAGAGGAGAGGG